AUGACUCUGAAAGUACCCUGUUCCAGCGUCUCCGGUUUGAUUGAAGCGGCGCCGCCCGCUCGACCCGAGCUCGUGCCCAGCGAGCAUCCAAGCGUUACAAUUGAUGCACGCUCUUACAAAGAGACAGCCUCCUGCUGUGGCAAAGAGAGGCCCCUAGCUGGGACUCCGAUAGUGCCUCGCAGCUCCAUCUCCUUUCCGGGAACAUUACUGGUACUCGGACAGCAUGUGAGGGAGAAGGCUAGGCACGCUCUGCGUUUCGUGGCUUCCUCAGGUGUGAAACACUCGCGCAGAAGCUCCCAGGACACAAUACAGAGGCCCCUGGCGUCAGACAUGGGAAAGUCACUUCUCACAUGUUUGAAGGACUACGCUGAAACAUCGCCCCUAGGCCCGUCACACGAGGAUGACGGAGAUGAGGGUACGGUUGGCGCGAGCACCGCGACAGAACGAACUACGAAUGUUAGGGGACAAAAUCGUGGCAACGCACUGAGGAUGGUGGAUCUGCGGCCGAACGAGCGGUCAAUGGAAACUCUGGCUGCGGCGGCGCGCCUUGUGGAUACAGACGCUACAACCCGGUACUUCCACCCGUCUCUUACUGGCGCUCUAGACGAACUGCUGCCUGAGGGGCACGAAUUUUCAGUGAAGGUCUCGUGGCCGUCGUCCCAGGUCAUACACUUUAAAAGGGGCAUCAUUCUGGGUUAUGGAGGAUUCUCAAUCGUUUUUGAGGCAGCCCAAGAGACGAAGCCCGAUGUUGCGAUGAAAAUUUUGCGCGCAGACAGUCAUGGGGACUCAGGCACGCCGGCGGAGUAUAUGGCGGAUGCAGUGGAAGCUGCAGAAUUGAGAGUUCUCACUCUAUUCGACACGAGUUUGUCCACGGAAGCGUUGUUCGAGUGCUAUGGCCUCGUUCUUCCUAAGUACUCAGGGCGCCUAUACAAAGUUGGCAGCGUCGAUGUUCCCACAGUUGCAUUUCCUUCAGACGAGCUUCGCCUGCUCUACACCGUUGCGCUGGCGUAUCCGCUGGCGCUGUGUGACAUGAACAAAAUGGUGAGAGAGGUGACAGUGCCACUUGAUGCUCUUGUCUGGGCGGUAGGACGGAUGGUUCAGCGUGUUGCCGGACUCCAUUCCUUAGGCGUCGUCCACGGAGAUAUCAAGCUACAAAAUUUCCUUGUCAGUCGCGGCGGCGAUAUCCUGUUAUCCGACUUCGGCAAUGCAGUGCGGUCGGAAAAUGGCAGAGGCUGCCAAAUGCUGGGCACGACACGGUACUUAGACCCCCAGACAAUGGAGGCAACCUUCGGCUACGGGGGUCACGCGGGGGAAAAGUCUAUUGAUUGCACAGAAGCGCGGGACGCAUGGGCACUAGGUGUUUCGAUCUAUUUGAUGAUGUGCAACGCAUGGCCGAUCGGCAUGGAAACUGACCGCUCCUCGGAAUUGCCCGAUACCGUGAUUGAGGCUUCCAGAGCCGAGGCGCCCAUAUCGUUUGACCGAUGCCCAGAAGCAGUACAAACAGAGUUUGACGAUGUCAAAAGCCUCGUUCUGCGCUUUCUGGAUUAUGACGCAGGAACGCGUCUUCUUCCGCGGCAAGCUCUUGAAACGUUUUUUAUGCUCCGCUAG